AUGUACAUCACUCUCUACUUCAUAGUCACCCGCCUCCGUGACUCUCUUCGCGCUGUCAGGGACCACUUUCUAACACUUGACCCCACAGACCUCACUGUCGACCUACUCGAGAAGCACCUUCUUGCAGCUCAGACUAGUGUAGUCGCCGUAGGUGCUGCUCGUGGCACUCCUCGCACACCCUUCUUUGAGGGGUGUUCCCCCUCCCCCCUUGCCCCCUCCUACAAUUCUGCUGCUGCUGUUGACAUCCUUGGUGCUGAGGAUGUCGGGGCUGCUUCUGCUCUUAGUGGGAAGUGCCGUAGCGGCAAGGGCAAGGGUGGCAAGAGUGGUGGCGGUGGAAGCGGGGGUGGAGGUGGUGGAGGCAGUAGAGGCGGUGGAGGUGGCGGAGGUGGUGGUAGUGGUGGGAGUGGUGGCGGGAGUGGGGGCUUCGGUGGCGGCGGUGGUGGCAGCGGUGGGGGUGGGGGUGGCGGUGGUGGCGGCAGUGGGAGUGGUGGUGGCGGUGGUGGUGGCGGACGGGGUGGAGCUGUUCAGCGGGGAGAUUAUGGCGGUGGCCAGAGGCAGCAGCAGCAGUGUCGAAGUGAGACCCCUACGCCCCAGCAGCUUCGUGAGUGGUUUGCUCAGCGUGGGGCGUCUGGGGGUAGUGUACGCUCCCCAUUUUGGAGACAAGGCCGAGUGCCCCCGUUGGCUAGAGCUGCUUAG